ACUAGCCGAAGAGUAGAGUUUGGAGUUUUGUUCCGUUUGGGUUUCUCCUGGGCUUCAAUCAAGCUGUGUCUCUCAUAAUGUAUCAUGUUGACACAGAAUGUGGCGCAAACACAGAUUUUUUUGUCGCAUGUGCUGGUGUAGUUCAGUUUUUGACGUCACCUUCUAUGAUCUACGUUAACAUAUGACCGUUGUUACCGCCUCCAAAACCAAGCUAUAAAAAGGAGACCUGGCUAAAGCAGACUCUGCAUCAACCAACCAUGACCGCUAAGAACCAAAACAUGGCAGCUCGAGAACUCACUCGCUUGCAUUUGCAGCUCGUAGCCAUCGUCUUGGUGGCGAUCCUUGCCACAUGCCACGCCGGCAGCAUCGCCGUGUACUGGGGCCAGAACGACGGCGAGUCGUCCCUGUCCGAUACGUGCGCGUCGGGGAACUACAAGUUCGUCGUCAUCGCCUUCGUCUACAAGUUCGGCAAGGGCCAGACGCCGGAGCUGAACCUUGCCGGUCACUGCGAUCCCUCGUCGGGCGGCUGCAAGUGUCUGAGCAAGGACAUCCGCUCGUGCCAGCGCCGCGGUGUCAAGGUCCUGCUCUCGAUCGGCGGCGCGGACGGCAGCUACGGCCUUGCGUCAGAGAGGGACGCGCGGGAAGUGGCCGAGUACCUCUGGAACAACUACCUGGGCGGCAACUCGUCGUCUCGCCCCCUCGGCGACGCCGUCCUCGACGGCGUCGACUUCGACAUCGAGCGUGGCGGCGCCAAGUACUGGGACGUCCUCGCCAGGGAACUCAAGGAUAUGGGUAAGGAAAAGGACGGCAAUGCGGUGCUUCUGAGCGCGGCGCCGCAGUGCCCGUUCCCGGACGAGUGGGACGACGGCGCGAUCAAGACGGGGCUGUUCGACUUCGUGUGGGUGCAGUUCUACAACAACCCUCCGUGCCAGGUGAGUGCUGGCCCCCGCGCGUUCCUGCACGCGUGGAAGAGGUGGCAGUCGGUGCCGGCGGGACAGAUCUUCCUCGGUCUGCCCGCCUCCAAGAGCGCGGCGGGCACCGGGUUCGUGCCCGCCGGCAAGCUUACGUCGCAGGUACUCCCCCUCAUCAGGAGAUCGCGCAAGUACGGCGGCGUCAUGCUCUGGGCCAAGUUCUACGACGACCACACGGGCUACAGCGACGCCAUCAAGAGACACGUCUGAUGUUUCAGGCGCUGGCUGCUGCAUGCAUGGUGUCGAACACCUUUGUUGGUGGCUGGGUGCCUAUGUAAGUAUGUUAUAUGUUCGUGCAACGUCUUACAGAGUCGGCGAGAGAAAGCUUUCU